CGGGGAAGGGAGCGAAAUGAGUUAAUUGGGGGCGUGGAAGGUGUAGAAUGGUAUUAGCUUGAGGAAGAAAGGUAGCCAUGUUAACUCAAUAAUCUGUGGUUUUCUGAGUUUAGAUGAGCUGAUGGUGGGCGUAGGUUUUAGCGUAUACAGGUAGAAAUAGCAAAAUCGAAACAGAAACUAAAGGUGGGGGGUUGGGGGAAAGAGGAAGAAAAGGCGUAUUUGUGAACCUUGUGUAUGAAGAGAUCGAUUGAUAGAUAGAUAGAUAGGGAGGGUGUUCUGUUGUGGCUUGAUGAUCGAUGUCGAGAAUGAAACAUCUUCUUCGAAAGCUUCACAUCGGUGGGGGAUUUAAUGAGCACCAGCGAUUGAACGAUGCUCGACCUGUGACGCGACCCAGUUCGAGCCCCAGUCCAGGCCCAAGCCCCAAUAGUAAUCCAUCUGGUUCAUCUUCUUCUGGGUCAUCCUCGUCUCUGUCUAUGGCGGCUUCCACUACAAUGGGGAGAAUGGAGGCCGUUGAAUCAGUCGUUGAUCAGGUGACUUCUGGGGAUGUGGGCGAUACGUGCGUGGAUUUCAAUGCCUUGGAGGAGGAGUUUCAGGUACAAUUGGCUAUGGCGAUUAGCGCUUCCGAUCCUGAUUCGAGACAGGACACUGAAUCCGCUCAGAUCGAUGCCGCCAAGCGGAUGAGUCUUGGCUGUUCGCCUUCAAUCUCCGGCAGUCAAGCUCUUGCCGAAUUUCUCUCGCUUCAGUAUUGGAGCUAUAAUGUUGUAAAUUAUGACGAAAAAGUGAUGGAUGGAUUUUAUGACUUAUAUGGCAUUACUACAAAUUCUAGCACCCGAGGAAAGAUGCCACUGUUAGUCGAUCUUAAAGAAAUAUGUGUGACAAGUGAUAUUGAUUAUGAAGUGAUUUUGGUUAACCGCUUGCUUGAUUCCGAGCUCCAACGUUUGGAAAGACAAGCAUAUAACAUAUUCAUGGAAUGUAGAGUUUCUGAGUAUGGCUUCAUUUUAAGUGGACUGGUUCAAAAGAUUGCUGAUCUAGUUGUGGCUAGAAUGGGUGGUCCUGUUGGUGAUGCUGAAGAAAUGUUGAGAAGGUGGACCCGCAGGAGUUAUGAAAUGCGUAGUUCUCUGAGCACUAUUAUUCUACCACUCGGACGUCUUGAUAUUGGACUUGCACGUCAUCGAGCUUUGCUUUUCAAGGUACUAGCUGAUAGGAUUAAUCUUCCAUGCAUACUUGUCAAAGGAAGCUACUACACUGGUACCGAUGACGGAGCUGUGAACAUGAUCAAAAUUGAUAAUGGAAGUGAAUAUAUUAUUGAUCUUAUGGGUGCUCCAGGCACGCUAAUUCCCUCAGAGGCACCCAGCUGCCAAUUUUCGAAUUAUAGCUUUGAUAGGAGGCCUGCAGAUGUUAUCGAAAUUCCUGAAGAUACGACAGUGUUACAAAAUGAAGGAUCUGAAGCGGUGUCGAUGGCAUCUACUCAAGAUGAAGUAGCAAAUAUUUGCAACUUAAUAUCCAAAGAAGCUUCAGAUUUAGAUGCUCAAUCAAAAGAAAAUAUUAGGAGCUUCAUUGAAGAAAUUCAAGCUGGGAAUUCUGACUAUGAUUUUGGGAAGCUUCUAGAAUUAGAAAGCUGCGCGUGUGAAAAUUCAUCAGGUGCAUGUGAUCAGUCCGCAUCUGCACAAAAGAAGAAAGUGAAAAAAGUGUCGAAGUAUGUCAUAAAUGCUGCAAAGAACCCAGAGUUUGCUCAGAAAUUGCAUGCUGUCUUGUUAGAAAGUGGUGCAUCACCUCCUGCAGAUUUGUUUUCAGAUAUAGACUCCCAGGGUAAUGGUGAAAGCAAAGAAACUUUCCAAAUGUAUCCAAUCGAUGGAAGAGGCGUAGACGUUGGGCUUCAGUGCCACCCUUAUAUUUUAGCAAGCCACGGACAGUCUUCUGCUACUUCUACUGAAUCAGUGUUUUUGAACAAUGUUGUCCAUGGAAAUAAGCAGAAAGUGUCUGCUGAGGGAUCAUCUGAAGAACAAACACCCGAGGCAAAUGCAAACAAGCACACCAUAUUUUGGCCCCACAAUAUGGAAAACAACAGAUUUGUGUUCGUCGAUGUUAAUGGAGAAACAGGCAAAUUGGCUGAUGUUAAUGGAACUUUUCAUCGUGAGCACGUGGAUGGUGUUUCGUUGGCAUCUGAUGCUGACUCUGAUAACAGACAAUUAGGAAGUGUCUUCGUGAGUGAAGAAAGAAGAUUUUUGAAAGAUAAGAGUGGUGGAACUCUUCAGUGCUUCGAUUUGCGUGAAAAUCUGCAUGACAAUUUGUUAGAAAUUGAUAAUGGUAACCAGCGUGCUAGUGAUGUCCGCAGUGAGACAAUUGACCCAAUAUUAGGUGAGGUUGCAGAAUGGGAAAUUCCUUGGGAGGAUCUUCACAUUGGUGAACGAAUUGGUAUUGGCUCAUAUGGCGAGGUUUAUCGAGCAGAUUGGAAUGGCACUGAAGUUGCUGUGAAGAAGUUCUUGGACCAAGAUUUGUCUGGUGCUGCUUUAGUUCAAUUAAAGUGUGAAGUUGAAAUCAUGUUAAGACUGAGGCAUCCUAAUGUCGUCCUUUUCAUGGGAGCAGUCACUCGCCCUCCACAUUUCUCUAUCCUUACAGAGUUUCUACCCAGGGGAAGUUUGUAUAGGUUACUGCAUCGUCCCAACUCUCAACUCGAUGAAGGGAGACGAUUGAAAAUGGCUCUUGAUGUGGCCAAAGGAAUGAACUACUUGCACACAAGUCAUCCGACCAUUGUCCAUAGAGAUCUAAAAUCUCCCAAUCUGCUUGUUGAUAAAAACUGGGUUGUCAAGGUUUGUGAUUUCGGUUUGUCACGUGUCAAGCAGAACACAUUUCUGUCUUCAAAGUCGACUGCUGGAACGCCUGAAUGGAUGGCGCCAGAAGUUCUAAGGAACGAACCAGCCAACGAGAAGUGCGAUGUGUAUAGUUUUGGUGUGAUACUGUGGGAGUUGACGACAUGCUGCAUACCAUGGAAAGGUUUGAACCCAAUGCAGGUUGUAGGAGCUGUUGGAUUCCAGAAUAGGCGACUGGAGAUUCCAGAAAAUGUUGAUCCUGCAGUUGCACAGAUCAUUUGCGAUUGUUGGCAAACGAACUCGCAUCUGAGGCCGUCGUUCUCUCAGCUUAUUACUCGACUGCGACGCCUUCAACGGCUUGUUCAGGAAACAAACUCCGAGAAUCAAAUGUCGGAGUGAACAGAAAAGAUUCACUUGCAUUCAAAUCGAAGAAGUUGUUCGAUGGCUUGAAGAGUCAGAGCAACCGAUAUCGGUUCUUUUUUCGGUUCUCGUUUUUUUAGUGAAGUUGUUUGAAAACACUACAAACUGGAUAGGGAAGUGCUAGUUCAUUCAAAGUGGGGGCUCAGCACAAACCUAUUUAGGAAUGGAAAUGGCAAAUCCUUCAAAACAACAGGUAGCUGCAUUAGUUAAAAGUGCAGUGGAGGGAUUUACCAUUUCUAUAUAUUGUAGUUCUUCAUGUGUAGUAGGUUGUAUUAAGUUCACAUGUAAGAAAAUUCCCAGAUGAAUGGGAAAAAAGAGAAAAAAAAAAAAAAAAGGAAAAAGGAAAAA